AUGCAACAAUCUCUUGGCGUUCCCGAUCCCUUCGAGCGCGUUCGCCUUGUCAAGAACAUACAGUCUAUGUGGAAUGUCGCAAACCCUACAGACAUCAUCCCGGAGGGGAUGCAAUACCCUGGGCACAUCAUCGCCUGGCCUCUACCCAUCCUCCGAGCCAUAAGCUAUCUAGCCAGUGGUAUGCCGGGCGAUGGGGGACGGCAUCGAUUCGUGGAACUCCUUAACCUCGGCCACAUGACGAGGAUGUUCAACGAGUCGACUGCCAACGAACCGCAGCUACAAUCAUCCGAUCUGGAGUUUGUCCGGGACAGCGUUGGAUUGCCACCGGCGGCUAUGCCAUUAGAGGAGGAAGCCGCCCCAGCCCAGAAUGAUGUUGCAACCCCCCAACCACGUCCACAACGAAUAUUUCCAGAAGAUGAAGAUGACCCGGAGACCUUGAUGAAGAAGCAGGAACUGUGGAUCAAGUACUACUGGAACGCCACUGAUAUUAAAGCCCUUGUUCCCCCAAACAUUCGGCAGCUAGACAAAUUUGGAAAGCCGACCAAUCGGGCGCUGCACAGCUGCAGCGACCAAAGGAAUCUGACGAAGUUACUUUAUAAGCUAGCUCGCAUCACAAAAGGUCGAAAGGAUGCAGCAUGGGCGCAGAUAGAAGAGGCGUGGAAGGCAAGACCAGCAGGCCGUGGAGGAGGCAAAGCAUUUGCAGAAUCAGACGUCAAAGCCGCUCUUGAUCACUUCCGUGACCUACGUGAAGAAGAAGAAGACGAAGACUCUGUUACCAACAGUCGAAAGCAAUUACAUAUUGCACCUUCAAACCCCGACGGGACUACCGGCGAGGAGGGUCAGAAUGGCGCGACGAAGGCCCAGCGGGGAAGUCAGCAUCUCGAUGGAAGGCAACGGAAGAGACGACGACGCGAAGCUCCAGCCACCGAACCCAACACCCAAGACAGUGCCAAUAACCAAACGCUACCGGCUGACGUGGAUGUCGCAGAGUCAGGGCUCUCGAUGGCUCGCAGCCGGCGCUCAUCAGUCAUGGCAAGACGUGGCAACGACCGCGCGAGUAGCAUAGCGACCCAUGACGAUACGGUUGACGAGGCUGCCUCGAGUGUACAAGAAGCGCACGGCAUUCACUAUGAGGCAGAUGUCGAUGAGGAAGGUGGCAAGACAGACGAUGACGAAAAAAAUGAGCGUGCGGAACAGGAGCACGAUGAGCUGGAGCCAGAGGAGGCGCAAGAAACACCAGAAAAUCGGGCCGUGUCGUUCGAGACGGAGGACGCACCACAAAAUGGGGAAGUUGAGGAUCGGAUUAGACCUCAGGCUAGUACAUGA